GCGUAAAACCGUGCAUGGAGCUGGGUCUGAGUGCGCGUGGAUAGCCUCCGGAGCCCAGCUGCCCCCAGGUGCAACUCCUCCCAGCUUCUGGACACUUUUGGAUAUCGAGGGGAACCCAGCACAAAGCCACUGAAGGUCUGCAGGGUCACUCUUCUUCUGCUCAGGAUGGAGAGUCCGUUGCUAUCCUUCCACCAGAACGGCUCAGUCAUACAACUGGACAACGACGUGGUGCGUAAGGGAGCCCGCCGCCGCCGGGAGUUCAUUCCCGAGGAGAAGAAGGACGCUCUGUACUGGGAGAAGCGGCGGAAGAACAACGAGGCCGCCAAACGGUCCCGGGAGAAGCGGAGGAUGAACGACUACGUCCUGGAGAGCCACCUGCUGGCCCUCAAAGAGGAAAACGCCAGGCUCAGCGCCGAGUUGAUGGCCAUCAAGCUCCACUUUGGUCUGACCCACCCUGCUGGGUAUACUGGGAACCACCUACAGCCCCAUUCCCAGAGCAGCUCCCAGCCCGGGCCAGUUAGCAGCCCCCAGUCCCUCCAGAGGAACUACUACUACGGAGGGAGGGACUCUUCCAUUAUACCUGGCCCACACUCCCCUCAGCCGUUUUUACUCCCCUCUUACGCUCUCCACGCCAUGAGAGGCUAUUCCUACCUAAAUUCGCCCGGUACAGCAGGAGCUGGGGUCUUCGCUCCGUUCGUAUUCCCUCGAAAUCUCUUGCCGGCUUUCCCAUCUUGUCCCGGAGCCCCUCUUCUGAAGCCCAUUCCCACCAGAGUGGCUUCGGAUGAGGAAGAGCAGCAGGUGCCUGGGCAGCCGAAUUAUGCCCCUCCAGAUCAUAAAAUCACAGCUAAAGGAGGUCGAACCGCUCAGCUCAUCAUCCUCAUCUAA